GUUAAUUAUUAUUAAUAAAAUAAUCCGAACAAACAUAAAUGGGUAAAGGAAAGCCACAUGGUAUCAAUGCCGCCAGAAAGUUGAGACUCAACAGAAGAAAGAAGAGAUGGGCUGAAGCCAAAUACCUCAAAGCUCACUCCGGAUCAGCCAAGCACAAUCCUUUUGGAGUUGCUCCUUGUGCUUCUGGCAUUGUUAUCGAGAAAAUUGCCGUCGAAGCCAAACAGCCAAACUCUGCCAUCAGAAAGUGCGUCAGAGUGCAAUUAAAGAAAAAUAACAAGAAGAUCACUGCCUUCGUGCCAAGAGAUGGUGGUUUGACUUUCUGUGAAGAUAAUGACCAAGUUCUCGUCCAGGGUUUCGGAAGAAAAGGACACGCUGUUGGAGAUAUGCCCGGAGUCAGGUUCAAGGUCGUCAAGGUUGCCGGAGUCUCCCUGUACGCUCUCUGGACUGGCAAGAAAGAUAAGCCAAUUAAGUAAAUCCAAGCAGCAAAUGAUAGCAUAAACACUAACUAAUUGGAUGGCUUAAAGUUC